AUGAAGAGGAAGGGCAAGUUGGCGACGGAUGAAGUUGCGAGUUUCAACCGGUUGCCGUUUGUGGGAGCGGCGCAGGUGCGACGCAAGACUGCGAACUUGGACGAGGUGCUUUAUCAUGAGGAAAGCCGCGUGUCAGAGCGUAGCGGCGGCAUGAUGUACAGGCUCUGGGCUUACCCUGGCUCUGCCCCGGAUAUCUACAGAAAUUAG